AUGACCAAUGACGACGUUGUCGAAGAUAGAGGGAACGCAUCGCGCUGGUCUGGUUUGGCAAUGGGAUGGACAACGGCAGUUCGAGUACGGGCAGCGGCCGGAUGGAUUGUCGGGGAACGGCGCACGAAAGAGGCCACCAACUCACUAUAUGCUAUCGCACCCCCUGCCAUCCCCAAGAGUGACCGGUGGUGUCAGCAGAUACCUCUCCCGCCAUCGCCAUCCUUAUCCAUCACCCUAUCUCAAAACUUGAUUGGCGGUUCCGCAACCGUCGUCGCCAAAUUCUAUGAUCCAUUAUCCCUUCAUGAUGUAUACGAGUCUGUCGACCUCCUCCGUUUCGCUGCUCGGUCCGUCGCGAGUGAAGCGAAAGCAUACGAGAUGCUCCAAUCUGUUCAGGGAAUUUGCCUUUCUCGAUGCCUGGGUCUCUGUGCAGCACCUAUUCUAGAACCGGAUGGAAGGACAGUUUUGUCCUCCUAUUGGAGCUCAUCGCCGGGAAAGAUCUACGCUACCCAUGUGAAGAUAGAGAUGGGGAGGAGAUUGUCGUCGACUCAUCUUUGCGACAAGCUAUAUUCGCCAUGCUCUUCCACUUGA